ACAGCACGCGACGCGUUAUAAUGAAUUCCAUAGUUGAUACCGACCAAAUCCUCUCCGAAAACGAACAUUGGAAAAAACUUGAAGAACAAUGGGGUAUACCAAUUGACCUGGAGGUAGACGAACGCGACGAUCAGCCAAAACUAAGACCAGUCUUCAGCUGCCUCGACCUGAAAACAACAUUCGAUUCAUCCUUCCUCUUCAAGAAAGUCAGACGUAAACUCGGCCGACAGCUGUCAAAAACGUCAACAAAAACUGCAGCUGACUAUCAGGAUUUCCUCAACAACCUGCAUGACCCUUCAAAGGAAUCCUCACAACAAUUUUUAUGCAUCCAAAAUGCUAUCUCAGCAUCAUCUGUCGAAGAGAUCUGUAAGAAAAUUGAUGAUAUUUUUCGAUCUAUCGAGAAAUUAUCGACGUGUAGUAUGAGGAAACGCAAAGUCAACCUCCCAGAAAUAGUGCAUUGCAGCAUAUCAGCAUCGGACCUCUCAUUCGACGAUACAGUCCAGGAUGAGAGUCAGUACGACAGUGAAAUAGACAGACAUAUGGAGGAGGCAUUUCAUGAUUUAAGCACCAUCAAAAGCACAGAACAUAUAGACCAGUCUACCUUGGAAUCGGUGACAACACUCGUGAGGAAAUUUAGUAAUAUUCUAGAACAUCCCACCAUGAAACAGAGCGCAAGAAGACAAAAGCAGUGUAGUGAAAAGUUUAGGGAUUUAGCUGAGUUUUGGAAAAGUCACGCAUUUCACACCCAAAAUUUGUAAUUGUUGUUUUGUUUCGGUGAUAAAAUCAGGUAAAAAUUUCGUUAAAUAUUAGCUUAUUUAAGUUGAGACGUAUAUCAAAAGUAUUUAAGAUUUUAUAUGUUCUUAUGAUUAUGACAGAUACAUUGACUAUUGCCUUGUUGAAUUAUUAUUAUCGAAAUAAUGUAAAUAUUAUAAUGAAGUAU